CAGCGUGUUGGAGACACUUCUUACAGGACUGCACAUGCCACCACAUCCACCCAACCUUUUUGCUCAAGGAUGAGGUACUCGGCCGUGGUCAGCACCGUCCUCGGCCUGCUCGCCAGCAUCACAACAGCAGACUCCAACCUCACGACAGAUCAGGAAACGCAACAGAAAAUCCUCCAGAGUGAUUUCACCCCUCCUUCGGUAUUUGAAAACACAAAUGUUGUUCGGACCAUCAACUUGGAAAAGGGAUAUGUCAGAGAGACGGUCAAUGUUCUCGUGACCAACAUCGAUAAGCUUGCACAAUCGGAAUAUUACAUUCCAUUCGAGUAUGAUGUGAUGGGCAAGAUUGGUGGCUUUGAUGCCCGUGACAAGAAGCAUCCUGAUGGCGGACCUCUUGAGACGUAUAUUGCCUCACUUUCAGGUCUUUCGACAUUGGGCGGAAGUCUCUCAAGCCCAACCCAAUACUAUGUCGUUCAGCUCCCUGAGCCCCUCGCUCCCAAAGCCAGCAUUACUCUGAGCAUAUCCUACCACGUUUUAGGCGUCCUCACUCCUCUGCCAGCGGCUAUCAAGCAAGAUGAGAAGCAGUAUCUGACCUACAACUUCUCCGCAUAUCUCCCGAGUGUCUACAAGACGAUCAAGCAAAAGACCAAGCUCAAGUUCCCGAAUGCCGACGUGCCCGAGUACACCAAGACCACGGGCUUGACCUCGGCAGCGGAUCCAGAAAAGCAGGGUUCUUCAUUUACCUAUGGAACAUACGACACGACCAAAGUUGCGCCAGGGGCGACCUAUCCGGUCAGCGUCCGAUAUGAAUUUAACAGACCCGUUUUGGUGGCCAGCCAACUUGAAAGAGAUGUCGAAGUUUCACACUGGGGCGGAAAUCUGGCGACGGAGGAACGAUAUUGGCUCCGGAACGACGGUGCAUCACUGGCCAACCAUUUCUCGCGAGUUGCCUGGAGCCACCAAAACUUUUACAUCAACGCCGGACAAGCAAGCACCUCUGCGGUGCGGGAACUCAAGGUGCCGUUGAAGGCGGGUAGCGUCGAUCCAUAUUUCACUGAUGACAUUGGCAAUGUGUCGACGUCGCGAUACCGACCGAACAAGGUUCGAGAAGCCAGUCUUGAACUCAAGCCUCGUUAUCCCAUCUUUGGGGGAUGGAAAUACAGUUUCCGAAUUGGCUGGAACAAUGCGCUCUCGUCUGUACUUCGCAAGCUCAAAACUCCCGCCGAUACUUAUAUCUUGUCGGUGCCUCUGAUUGAAGGCCCAAAGCCGCAGGAAGGGAUCCAGUAUCAAAAGCUCACUUUUCGCGUGAUCCUCCCCGAGGGGGCAUCUAAUGUUCAAUGGCAAACACACGGUGGCCACGGGGUGCCACUGCUUCGCGCGGAGCAGGGCCUUCACAAGACGUUCAUGGACUCGCUGGGACGAACUGAGUUGAAACUUUCGGCUAGCAACGUUGUGGAUGAAUCCCGGGAUGUUACUGUGCUGGUCACAUACGAAUAUCCGUUUGUCGCAUCGUUACGGAAACCAGCAACGAUAUUUGCUGGAUUGGCGGCAGCGUUUGUCAUUAUCCAUCUGCUCCUCUCAGUGGAUACCAGGAUAGGAACAAAGGCGUAAUGUCCCGUAUAUUCGAUGGGUCGAUGGGUCGAUGUCUUGUCCUGGUGGCAUAGGACGUGUAGAUUACUCUUUUUCCUUUUGGGACCAUAGAUGGAAAAUCAAUGUUGCCGUGCAAGAUCGAAAUCGUACAUGAUUUGGCAUGGCGUCAAGAAAUUCUUCCAAUGUCUAGGGCAACACUUCGGAUUCGGAAGGGAUUAUGUCAAGUUCUGAGGACCAAAAAUUAUGACCAUUUAAGCUACCAAACUCGAAGCAAAAGUCCACAGCAAAUAACAAUCACCAUGAUUUCGGUGAAAGCAGCAGGUAUAGCUGUACUUGGUCCAGUA